AUGUUUUCCAUUGUCCAUGCACUUAACCAGUUGUUCAAGGAUGGAAUACUUCAUACCAAUUUUUCCUCCACCGAUUCGUUACCAGUUCCCGCGGAUGCACCAAACUUAUCCAGCCAUGUACCCAUUCUGGAUUGUGCGUCCAAAUCGUGUUCCCUCUCAGAUGGGGUAAAUCUAACGAAUAGUACCUACAUUCGUCCGACAACCAGUAUGACUGCUUGGACCACCGUUCAAUUAUCCAUAUUACCAAUUCUAUUACUGUUGAUUGCCUGUAUUGGACUGGUUGGGAACGCGUUAAAUUUGCUCGUGUUAUACUCCUAUCACACGACACAAAUCGCUUGCGGUGGGGAGUGCACGGCCCGUGUAAAUCUGCUCGGCUUGGCAUUGGCCGAUUUUCUGGUCUGUCUCGCCUCACUACCGUUGGGCUAUGUGCAACGAAGACACGAUUCCUACUCUUUUAUGCUCUUUUACACCCUGAUUGGUCCUGGAUUGGUUACCUACUUCUUGGCGGUCAGUGUUUGGAUGGUACUGUUGAUGAGCGUGGUCAGAUACAUGGCCGUGUGUCGUCCGCUCACGUCUAGGACUUGGUUAACUCCGAGACACAUGUUUCGGGUGAUUUUGGGGAUCUAUGUGGUUGCGUUGGUAUUUCACAUCCCCUCGUUUCUGAUGUUCACAUACGAGGAAGAAAGUGCAUUACAGAAAUCGAGUGUGACCAAAUGUCGAUCCAGUAAUCAGACAGUCGAUCGAUCAGUCGGAACAAAUCGAACAAUGGAAUGUGACACCAGUUUGGCCAUCUUUGUAUUUGAAAGAUCAUUUUGGAGAUCAGAAGCGAUUUAUAUUGGCUAUCACGUUGUCAAUAUUGUGCUCACCAAUAUUGGACCAUUUAUUGGUGUUCUCAUCUCAAACAUCGCUGUGAUCCGUGCAUGUCGUCGAAGUGAUGCAUGUCGUCGCUCAUUUGUUGGCUCAUCUCUGACCAAUCGAGAUAUUGGUCUGUCCGGAGUAUUUUUAUUCAAUCCACCAUCUGUGGCUCCGCUACGGGUAUCCAUUCAACGCUAUCCAAACAGCGCCACAAAUAGAGUCACUCCACUUCUCUUGGCCGUGAUCAUUGCGUUUCUCCUGUUCACCGCGCCAUUCGGUAUUGUACAUUUUGUUUGUUUGCAAUUGAUGCGCAAAUUGGGUGUUCGGGUACGGAAUAACCAAGCGGCUCGGCAGUUGUAUACCGCGCUCAAUUUGACUGUCGAAUGGACAAAUGUGGUCCAACUGUUGGGUUGCGCAUUGAAUUUUUUUCUCUACUUCCUCGUAUCCACAAUUUUUCGUCGAACAACCAAACGUACGUUCAGACGGUUGUACAAACAAGUGCGCACUUGUCGUUCAAAGGUUUUAAUAUCUUUAUUUUUGGGUAAACAUUCCAAAAGUAUGGAUUCCUGGGAGCGGGACACCCGGACCAAUGAGCUUCGACGUGAGUUGGAGUAUAAGGUUGCUCCCGCUCCGUACACACCAAUGAAUAAACGAAGUCGAUGCUAUUCGUCUAACACAAGUCGUGGCAUGCGAUCAUUCCGAAGCAGUUCCAGCACGAAUGGAAAGUUGGCCAACUGUCUCCGUCGCGGACAUAAACGUUCAUUUCAAUCCACUCGACUUCUGACAGCGUUCCCCGGAGAGAAUAAGCUACCUACUUCCGCAUUAGCAGAUUCGCAGUUCUCGCGCACCGCGCAUUCGUUGUACGAUCCGUGUGUGCAUCAUAGAACCGCGGUGCUCCCGUACAAUAACAAGACCUCUUCGUACACAAUAAAUCAACCGCCUCCGUUCACACAGUGUGCACGUUGUGAUCAUGAAAAACGAUUUCAUCGAUCGUUGCCAGGUUGUAAUUCCUGUUGCCUGAUGCCAAUGGCAACCUGUUCUUCAUACAAUGGGGCUCGAUCCGAUCCCCAGUGUUGUGCCACACACAGUGCCAGCAGUUUUCUGUUAAAACAGGUUUACCCGCUGACGCCACCAGCACCACCACCAGCAACAACAACAACAACAGUACAACCACAACCGCAGCAGGACGAACAAGAUCAACCGCCUCAGACAAGUGAUAUGACUCCAACGUGUGGUUCUGAUGAAAAUCCUCUCGAGGGAGAACAGAACUUGCUCGAACUGUCUGCCGAAAAAGUAUAA